CGGGCAAAAUCUCAAACAGCUCGGUCUCUGCUUUAAAUUAGUGCGCUUUAAGGAGCGACGGAGUGGCGUAUACACCCUAACUAGUGCACUUUACUAAAAACAAGUUUAUCAGUUUGGGAUUUAACCUACAUUUUGCUGGGGAAACAUCGCCGAAGGGUUUAACAACACAGCAGGACUUAAUAAUAAUAAUAAUAGUAAUAAUACCAACAAUAUAAGCUGACCUGUCAGUGCUGAGUGAUCAGCUGUUCAGGAACAUAUCGGUGAUAACCAAGGCAUUUCUCUGAACAGACACCAUGUCUGACUUUGUGAUUUUAUCCUUGAUCUUGUUUUUGGUCGUGUGUCUCAUCCUGACUCUUGCUGGCUUCGUGUAUUACUCGGGACUGCUGUCUGAGGUCGUUGUCCGGACAGGAUCCCCCCCGGUCAGAAAGAUAAGAGUGGCGUACAAGUUUAAGAAGGGAUCGUAUAAGGAGCGAGGAGCCGCCUUCACCGAGAGCUGCAGCAUCGCCCCUCAGCUCUGCUCCAUUGCUCUGUACUAUGACAACCCCAACCAGACUGAAGCCGAUUGUUGCCGCUAUGCAGUGGGGAGCAUUCUGAGCCAGGCUGAAGAAAAACCUGAUGAAGAGUUGCAACGUGUGUAUGAAAAGUUUGGAUUUCAGGUCAUCUCUUUCCCAGAGGUCUCCUGCGCCGUGACUUCCUCUUUUCCUAACCAUUGCAUGCUGUCCCCCAUCUGCGGGGCGUACAGAGUCUUCCCUGAGCUCCACAGCUACAUCGCAGAAAGAGGCCUGAAUGCGUACCCACUCAUUGAGAUCUGUAAAGGGGACCUAAUCCAUUACAUGUGCCCACUAGAGAACCAGGAAGGCUUUUUUGUGCCUGAACUCCUCGAGAAGCAAACGGAGAGAGAAGAAGAAACGGAGCACAAGAACGGAGAACAAGAGAAAGAUGCUGAAGAGACACACACAGGUGAAGGCUGCACAUCUGAGAGUGGUGUAGAGGUGGUGGAGGCAGACAAUGAGGGCAGCGAGAUGGGGGAGAGCUCCUCGCCUGCGGUGCAGCAGAGCCCGCCACUGGAUGAGAGAGAUUCUCAGACAGAGGAAGGAGACCAGGGGGCCAAGGGCUCCAGUGAGUCUCUAGGAAGUGGUUCAUCCUUUGAAGAACUGGACAUGGACAUAGAAGAAGAGGACAAGGAAAGGGAAGGUGUCAAGGAAGAUCAUUUGGAAGACAAUGAGAAAAGACAGGAUAAUGAAGAGGAGGGUAUUGAGGGGUAGAUGAGUGAGUGUGUGUGUGUGUGUGUGCGUGUAUGAGUGUGUGUGUGUGUGUGUGCGCGCGUGGUGCGUGAGUGCAUGCAUGCGUGAAUUAGUUACAAAAAACAAUCUUGUUUUCUUGGCAUUUCGCGAUGCUUCGUAGUUGCCUAGGCAAAGUCUUAACAUAUGUAAGCAGAGAAUUCAUGAAUGUGACAGUUUUAAUAAACUUGUCAGUCUUAUUGUAGGUCACAUCAUCCUUAUGAAUAAAAACGGCAUUUCUCCAGCACACUGAAUCAUGUCCAAUAUCUCAUAAAAUAUCUCAUAAAAGUUGCCAGAUAUUUGAAAAAAACAAACAAACCUGCUGAUUUCUUUUUAAUGAAGAGUGAAAACACCUGUUUCAGCAUCCAUGAGGAAAUACACAAACUGUAAAUGAAAUGUCACCAGUAAUGUAUCUCUUUACAGUGUAAUCAAAGCUACUGAAUGGUUUUAUUUAUAAAAGUGGACAAAUGUAAAGAGAAUCAAUAACUCAUAUAUGGAACUUUAAAUAAUAAUUCUAAUUCAUGUAACCAAACAAAUCUGUAUUUUUAGAGCAAAUGAUACUGUUUGUAGACAAUGAUGUAAGGUUUGAAUACACAAUGAUAAGUUAUCUGCUGUUCUGUUAUUUUCAAAUUAUGUAUUUCUGUCCUUUUAUAAUGGUGUUAAAGGGAGGUAAAUGUUAAUUAUGUGUGUGUGUGUGUUUGUGUGUGUGUGUGUGUGUGUGUGUGUGUGUCACUCUGACUGUUAACUUCAUUAUAACUAGUUAUCGCUUCAAAAAAAAAAAUCAGACCCAUCCUUAAUGCAUGUGCCAUUUGUGUUUGUUAUUAACAUCCUCCAAAUGAACUAUGGACAAACUAAAGAUCGAAAUAAAAUAAUAAUCUAGUCUCUA